AUGAGACUGCUGGACUUUGCUGAUGCUUAUGAGCUGGUAGUUACGAACACUCUCUUUCAGCACAAACACAUUCAUACUGCCAAUUGGUAUCCUCCCAGUGGUUGUUUGCAGCCAAGCGUGAAAGAUUUUAUUUUGGUCAAGCAUCGUAUGAGGUCCAUGGUUUAUGACACCAGAGUAAAACGAGGGCCUGAUUUCAAAAGUGAUCAUAAAUUAGUCGUUAGUAAGCUGGUAUUGAAACUAAAAAAGCCAAAGAACAUGAAACAAGCAAACAGUCUAAGGAGAGAUGUCCGGGGAGAUCCAAAAGCCCUCGGCGAAUACAGGGUUAGUAUAACUGCCAAGUUUUUGCAAAGAUCUAGUGACACUGUUGAAGAUAACUGGUCUGAAUUUCGCAAACCAGUUGUGGAUUCAGCAAAAGAACAUCUUGUAGCACCAAGAAGGGCAAAGAACAGUUGGAUUUCAGAGCAAAAUUUUAGAGCUGAUUGA